AUGGGAUGUAGCAGCACCAAACAAAGCGAUUUAAACGAUCUCGGCUUGAGCCCAAACUCACAGAGACGGUAUCUGUUACGAUUUGCCACUCAGAAUUCCAAAUAUGUGAAGUACACAGGUUUUCCAGAGCUGACCCAAGAUGAGAAGAUCAGACUUGUAGCAUCAGCGAGGAACUACUUCGAGUUCAUUGAUGCCUCCAAGGACAUUCAUCCUUACACUGACAUCUGCAACAAGUACCCGCGCGUUUUCUACACGUACUUCAAGAAUGUCCCCCUGGAUGCCAACUGGCAGCCAAACAACACCGAAGAUGAGGAAGAGAUUACACUAGCUAAAGCAGAUCUGACACGUCACACUGCGGCCACAAAAUUGCUGAUUAAAAACUGCAUGGAAAGACUGGCUUCAGCUGAAUUAGAAGAUCUGGAAGAGUCGCUUCGUAAAGUCGGAGCAGUGCAUGCUGAGUGUUGGGUGUGCUCAAAAGAUAUCUUAUUAUUUGAAGACAGCUUUAUAUGGUCCUUAGACAAAAGUGACCCCGAUAUGGAUCCGAAAUUGCGACAGUUGUGGCGCAGAAUCGUCAAAUUUAUCCUUCACAAUAUUACAAUCGGAAUCAACAAUCAUUACGACAAGCUAUGUUACGUACUUGGACAAGAGAAGUCAAGAUUUUCUUUCUUCGAACCGAAAUUUCCAAGUGGAGUUAACCCAAAAUCAUAUGGCAGCCUUAAAAAGUUGAACACCUUUAUUGCACAACGCUGA